ACUCGUGCUCUUGGAGGUCCCGGAUGAGCAGCUGUUCUCCGCCUUGACAUGCCGGUACUUGUCCCGGACGGUCAGGGCCCCAGGCCCCGAGCACAGCUGCGCUGAGCCGCUGAUGGACGCAGGGGAGCCGGCUGGAAGUUCCCGGAGCUUCCCCUCAUGCUCACUGCUGAUCAUCGAGCAUGUUUGGUGCCACAACAUGAUGGACAUCCUGCAAGCUGUUGGCACCUCCUGCUGGCCGGACCUGGACCUGCAGUCUCUGAGUCUGGAGGAGUCGUGGAGGCUGCGCGUGGCCUCUGCCCGCGUCUUCUCUAUGGUGGAGAACCGGGACGUGGCACGCUUCGAGAGGGUGGUGGGCUUCCUGGAAGUGACCCACCAGCUGCUGCCUGGACUGGUGUCUGCCAUCAAACACAUGAAGAUCAUGUUCGGCCUGAAGACGCUGGUCAUCAUGAAGAUGCUCAGAGACGGUCAAGGAACCAUUGACACGGUGUCGAAAAUCAACCAGUUCUUCCCCAACAAACUACCCCAGUACCAAAACCACUGUAGCCAACGUGAGAUGUUCCUCAUGAGGAAGAACCACAUGGACUUUAAGGCUUUGGCUCAGGGACUCACUCUGGACAAGAACAGACUGCAAGAGUACAUUCAGAGCCAGAUGGAGGAGCAGUACGGGGAGCGUUACGCUCAGAAAGUGGAGGACAGGCUGCUGCAGUAUCUGCGAGAGCUGGAGGCUGCGUUACCCAGAGAGACGCACAUCGAUAGGAUCCUGAAGAAACAAAAUCCUGUAACUGAGGAGGAAAAGCUGCUUCUGGACGUCAUAACCUCCGAUCACACCACCAUCGCAGCCACUCUGAAGAGGCUGCUGCACUGCGACGCCACCUCCUGUCACCCAGACGGAGUCUGUCAACCACCUGAAGAGAAAGUCAAAAUCUCUCGACUGUCGACAUCUGCUGUAGAUGGAAAAACUGCCCCAAAGGCUCAGCCAGAGAGUUUCAGAGGUGAAGAGGAGGUUUUGUUGAAGAGAGACUCGGUUUUCACAGGGAUCGGCCACUCACAUGAAGGUGGUGCUUUGGUCUUAAAGAGGAACAGGAAAACUGAGGACAUCCGUCAGUUCUGCUCCAAACACAAGCGCUGGGUGAGGAGCAUCUUACAGGAGUGUCCGGACGACUGCUCCAACGUUUCUUCGUCCCCGCCUCUGUUCCCGUCGUCCUCGUCCACUUCCUCAUCGCAGGACCUCACCCCGUCCAACCUCGUCCCCAGUCCCUCCGAUCGACCGCCUUCGCAGAACGCCGUUUGUCCCGCAGCUGGUCAGACACGUGAACCCGGGUGCUCCAGAUCAGACGAUCGCUCCUCUUUGUCCAGGGACAAUCUGCCUUCCUCGGUGGUCCCGACAGUCGACGUCACCUCCUCUUUAGCUUUUAAACCCAGUUCAACAUGUCCAGACAACAUAUGUAGGAACACACCUUCACUUUCAGGUUGUAGUUUGAAUCCCCCCUGCCAAACAUCAGGUAACAAAGACACGGCGUCACUUCAAGAAGAAACUUGUUCACCUGAGAAGACGUGUCAGGGUGAGCACAUGGACACCACUGAUCUGCCACAAACGGGACACACUUAUUCCAGACUCUCACACAAGUUCAGACAAACCAUCAGCUGCUCAUCAAGUGAACCUUCAUCUGAUGAGUUUCCAAAGGAUCCAAGUAACUUUCUGCCAGGUAGACAUCAUGUUUCAACUUCAGUGUUUCAGGCACAUGAAUUAGAAAACCCAGAGGAUAUGAUGAGCUCAGAAUCUAACAGUCAGGCAGAAGCUUGUCUUCAGCCCUCAUCAAUCAGAUAUGAUCCACUGCCUUCACUGCUGUCGCCCGUGGUCCAACUGGAUGAUAUCACCUCUUCUUCUGCUUUUAAUUCCAAUCAAAUGUCUCCUGCUUGUAACAUAUGUAAUCACCAUCAGGUGAUUUUAGGUUCCAGCUCUCAUCUGUCCCAUCAAACCUCAGGGAUUGAUAGCCCCAUAUCUAUUCAACCAGAUACUUGUUCAGACGAGAAGAGACUGCCUGAUCCACAGAAUGCACCCACUACCACGAAACUUUCACGGAAGUACAGACAGGCCUUGAAAGGUUCAACAAGUAAACUGUCGGCUGAGGAAUUUUUGAAGGAACCAAGUAGCUUUCAAAGGAGUUUUCCAUCCUCAUCCAAUGACCUCCCUGUUUCUGGGUCUCCUCCAUGUCCUGCUUCUCCCUGCUCGUCUCAGAAAUCUAAACCAGAUGACAUGAGCUCUGAAUCAGCCCCUCAGACGGAGACUUCAGCUCAGUCGCCAUCAUGCAGAGUCAGUGUGUGUCCUUCUGUACAGUCACCAAUGGUUCAUCUGGUGGACACUUGCUCUUCCUCAACUUCUGAACUCAGUCAGACAUCUCUAGAUCGCAUCAAAGGUCAUCAAGAACAAGCACCUAUGGGUUCCAGUCCUCCAUCCUAUCAAACCUCAGGGAAUAAUGUCUCUCCUUCUGUUCAACCAGAGUCUUGUGCCGCCGUCAAACAGUCAAAAGCUUCACGGAAGAGACCUUCAAACAAAAAGGCUGCAAAGUACACAAGUGUCUUUCAAAACGAAUGUCCACCUUCACCCCACGACCACAGCGUCUCUGCAGCAAACACAUCUAAUCGAGAUAAAAUUACUUCUGGGUCAAGUGCUCAAACUGUGUCCCCUCCUCAACCUGGAGAUAAUCUUCUACCUUCUGUGCUGAUGCCAGUUGUCCGACUGGUGGACAUAUACUCCUACCUCAACUUUAAACCAAAUCAACCAUCUCCACACGACUUUGUCCGAUAUUCUACCAGUCGGACACCUUCAGGUUCAGGCCCCCCGCCCCGCCGAACUUCAAGAGAGAAAGUCUUGCCGUCUGUUCAACUGAAAACUCUUUCAGAUGUGAAGACACCUCCUGAGUCUCAGGACCUACCCUUAAUGCCGCACAAGGUCUCCAAACUUUCAUCAAAGUUUAGGAAAAUGUUCUCAAAUGGGACUAAGCUUCAGAUCAGUAGUCGAACUUCAGCCGAUGACAUAAAUAUCUCUGGGCUUCCUGCAUGUGAGGCUUCUGCUUCUACACCUCAGUCCUUCUGCCACGGUGACAAAAACGUAUCUACCAGAUCAUCUCGUCGUGACAUCAGGCAUCGUCCUCAAACUCACACCAGAAGCCGCUUGCAAACGAAACCCUCCAUUAAUCCUCCGCUCAGGUUAUCGCUGCAGAGUCAGGCUUCAGUGCUGCAGUCCGACAUGCUUCAGCCCUACGUGAGUCUGACCAGGCUGAAAGCUGACGAGUUUCAACCAACUGGAGCGUCAACCAAGCCCAAGAGAGAGGAAGAAGACCUGGAUUCGUCAUUUGAUCUGAAUGAAUUGUACUCCGAUUCUUCAGACAGUGAUGUGAAAGAGGAUCCGGACCCUGACUACAAACCUUCAUUGAAAAAGAAAAGACUUCUCUUGGAGUAUGAGAAUGCCAAGAUGGCAAGCAACACGUGAGAACCAGAGAAACUUUAGAGAGACAAAGUGACGUCUUAGCUAAGAAUGAAGACCUUUGAACGCUAAAGAAGGACAGAUAUUGUCCAACUUUAAAAGUGUUCAUAGCAUAGUGUGUGGACAUGUGUAAUAUAUAUAUUACACAUAGCCUUAUUUAAAUGUUCAGAAAAUAUUUAAAAGAGUCAGCAUCGCCCUGUAGCAAAUAUCUUCUCCACUCCUUCAAUGGAAGAAAUUAAGGCUAAUUUUGGAUCUAUUCCAUUUUUUAACCUCUAUAUGGCUUCCCGCAUAGUUGUAAGUUAACUUUAGACAAUUUUUUUUCAUCAUACCCAAGUGCAGAAUUAGAAUUUUUACCAUUUUUGAACACCGUAGAGUGAUUUUAGCUUACUUAUGCCCAGGUGUGGAUUAUAGAAUCAUAUCGUCAGAAAAAAAUCGAUUGGGUUGGUGUUUUUCAAACAGAUUGAAAUUGAGAUUCAGCUCAGUCUUACUCUGAUUUUAAACUUUUUUGAUCUAAUUUAGGACUUCUUUUAGACUUCUCUGUGAUGGCAGCAACAAAAAGUUUAUGUUCAGCCCAUGAACUAGAAAAACCUGACGAUUCCAAUUUCAGAGUAAUGAUGAGUUUUGAUCUUCCUCUCCUUGGUGGAAAAAAGAUCAGUCCGUGUUGGAUCUCUUAUUUCGGAAAAAUACAAAAUUAACUAGUUUCGGGAUGCAAAGAAUGAACCCCACUGUCUCGAUUUUGAGAGAUACACAAUCCUGUCAGAUUUACAUCAGAUUUGUUUACAGCCUUUGUGCUGUGGCUUCUUGUUACAUAUCAUCAGCCAUCAUGUAGCCAUAUGUUGUAUUGUACUGUGGAGAUAUGAUCCGCUCAAGUCAACCAGUCAGCCCGCCUCACCGAGUCUUGUAAUACCACUUUUUACCAGAUGUGGUGUUGUGGGUCACUCCAGUGUAGAGAUGGAGUAGAUCACUCCUGAAGCUGUCGUUAAAUAGAAGUAAUAUGUGAGAACUGCACUGUGGCAAUCACUUGAAACCGACGCGCUGAAUCUUCAGAGGCAGCUUUAAGGUGUGAGAAUGAGACAUUGUAUGGGUGAAAUAGCCACAUUUCACCAGCAGAGGGUGUUUAAGCACCAUUUUAAACUGUGCUGACUGCACUGAUGAAGAAAGAUGUUACUGUAUUUUUUUCUGUGUAGCAGCUUUUAAAAAGGGGACGUGAACUGAAAUUUGUAUUUAUG